AUGGGAUCCCAGACACCAUCAUCAUCAUCAUCAAUACCAUCAUCAGAAAAAUCGAGAGCUAAAUUCAGUCUCUUUUAUAUAUUCCUACUCUGCGUUGUCCUCUAUGUGUUGGCCACUUCCAUACCCCCUUCUUCACUUUCUUCUCCAUAUAUUAGGAACUCUAAUUCUGGGAAAUUAGGGCACUUCUAUGCACAGGAGGAGGAAGGCAAGAGUACACUUGUGAUAAAGAAGAUGAGGAGGAUCGGUGACUGGACCCAAGAGGCGGAGCUACGGAGGAUUUUAAAGGGAUUGGGGUCAUCUCCGCCACGGUGCACCUCCAAGUGUGGAAGAUGCACGCCGUGCAAGCCUGUGCACGUCCCGGUAUCUUCGGGCACUCCUGUCACCGCUGAAUACUACCCUGAAGCUUGGAGAUGCAAGUGCGGCAACAAGUUGUACAUGCCAUGA